GAAAGAUUCGUCUUUUUAUCUACUUUUAUUAAGAAAAAGCAUAUGAUUUAUCCACAAAUCAAUUCAUUUAAAAAUGAUCAAUAUAUUUCAAAUAGAUCAGAUUUAUUAAUGAAAUAUCGUCCUAUUCUUAGUUUCAGAGGUUUCAGUUCAAAAAGGAUUACUCCAAGGGAAAAAAAAGCUUUUAUACAAGCUAUAUAUCAUGAACUUAUUCAGUUACAUCCAACAUUUCUUCUUAUACAGCAGAAUAAUGUUAGCUCAGAAGCAUGGAAAUAUAUGAGAAGAAAAUUGCAUGGUUUAGGUGCUAAUAUUAAGGUUUUAAAGAUUCGGUUAUUUGGACGCGCUUUACAAGCUGUAUCUGAAGACUUGGAAGGCAAAUCGUCAAACAAAGACGAUUCAUUACAGUCUAAAAUACAAGAUUUACGGGCUUUAAGGAAAAUGAUUGCUGGUCCUAUAGCAAUUAUUACAUUUUCUGCUCGUGUAGAGCCAUCUUUUUUAAAACGCGUUAUAUAUUUAAUUGAUACAAGUAAUGGACAGUUUUUUCUUUUAGGAGGCUUCUUUGAGGGAAAAUUAGUGAAUACUAAGGAGCUUCUUCAUAUCAAAGAAAUACCAGAUCUCUCAGUAUUACAUAUGCAAUUGAUUUAUUCAUUAAUGCAUCAUUCAAACCAACUCAUUCAAACACUCGAAUAUUCUUCCGAAGCAUUAACUCUAAUACUUCUCAAAAACAAUUAUAAACAUAUUGAAUGAUACAUUCUUAACAUUCAUAUAAUUUUUAACUCAAACUUUACAAA